GUCGCCGCGGUGCCCAGCGCGGCCCUGCUGGGGCUCGCCGCCUCGGCGCUGCGCCGUGGUGCCCAGCGCGGCCAGCCGCCAGAGGGGCCUGAGCGCUGGCGCCGUGCCCAAGGCACGUGCGCAGCAGGACGCUGCGGCCCCCCCGACGGAAGGCCAGCUGCGGGUGCGCCCCGCGGAGCUGCUGGAGCCGGCCUGUGAGCGGGCGUGCUCCCUCUUCGACUCCGAGUCGGAGUCGGAGGAGGGGUCCCCGCUCGAGGGGCCGUGGCAAUCGCGCUCGCCAGGGCCGCUCGCGAGGCCCCGCGCCUGGGAGGCGCCCCCGGCGAAGUCGGCGGCGGCCCUGCGCGAGGAGGGCUCCUCGUCGCCCGCCGUCGCGGCUGCGGACUGCAGCCGGCGAGCAACCCCAGCGGCAGACUUGGAGUUCUCCGACGCCGCCGAGGGCGGCGCGGUGGGGCCGUGGGAGGCCAAGAUGCGCCAGAAGCGCUGGAGGUCCCACCAGCGGCGCGUGCAGCGGGUGGCCCGGCUCGAGGAGGCCGCGCAGCUGCGAAGGGCUUGGGCUGCCGGCGCAGGGGCCGAGCUGCAGCGCCGCGACGGGUCGGCGGAGCGGCCGCCCAGCGCCGCGCAGCGCCCAGGCCAUGGCCUUCCCCGCUGGCGCGUGAACACCUCCAGCGUGGACCCGGACAGGUGGGCGGCGCCGUUGGUCCAGGACAUUAUCCAGGCACUGGGCUGGGGCGAGCUCAGCACAGCGGAGGACGGCCCCGGCGACGUGGUGCUGCUGCUGAACGCGAGGAGCAUUCAGGACUGGCUGCCGCACAUGAGAUCUUCGCAGUCACAGCUGUGCGGCGCAUGGUUCAGCCGGUUUCCAGGCUCGAGGGACGUGUGCGAGAAGCGCAACUUCGCGCUGGCGGCCAGGUUGGCCCGCAAGGUGGACCCGAACUGCCUGUGGAGCUUGCCCGAGACCUGGACACUUCCCGAGGAGCUGCCAAACUUGCUGGCGUAUCUUGACGACGCCAAGGGACAGCAGCCAGUCAUCGUGAAGCCUGGCGACGGCAGCCACGGAGACGGCAUCUUCCUCGCGCGCACGAGCGCGCAGGUGAAGCAUGGCCUGCUGUCCGACGGCGAGUCGAUCAGCAGUGGCGUAGCGCAGACCUAUAUCGACCGGCCUCUCUUGCUGGGCGGCCGCAAGUUCGACCUGCGGCUCUACGUGUGCGUCGUCGGGCUCGACCCCCCGCGCGCCUUCCUGUGCCACGAGGGCCUGGUGCGGUUCGCCACCACGGACUACGCGCCCUUCGCCACCGACGAGCCCGCGGGCGGGCAACGAGGCUCGGAG